AUGUCUCAGCGAGGGUACCGCAAGGUGCUCUGUGAUCGGACACUCCCAACCUGCACCCGUUGUGCCAGAGCAGGCCGAAGGUGUGAUGGUUACGGGACUCGACUGUCUUGGCCGCGUGAGGGUGAUGCUCGGCGUGCGGUAAUUGGGCCUGCACCUAUAGAAAGGCGCCGAUAUGACGCACGGCACUUUGUUAACACUUCCACUGGGGACAUAGAGAUGCACGCUCUGAUCUCUGGCGUCGAUUUUGGCUAUGCAACGUCUGGGCAAAAUCCCACUAUGAGACAGCUUAUCUUGAAUAAUCUCGAAAACCAACCAACAGAAUCCAUGCAGGUCUUUCAGCCAGUUCUCAGCCCUGCGAUAUCUUUGGCAUCAUAUUCCCUUAUGGCAUUUGGUCAUGACGCAUCAAAGAUCCGCGAGGUCCUCGUUCGCAUGGCUCUCUCCGACAAUUCGCCGUGUGCAACCGCAAUACUCAAGUCUGCAUUAGCCCUGGCAUCAUACCAUCGAGAUAGAGACCACUCUCAUGCAGAUAGACUCAAAAUCGCGGCUCUUCGGGCCUUAGCAGCAUCUACCCAGGGUGUCAUUGGCGCAGAUGAAUCCAUUCGUCAUGUUGCUGCAGGGAUGCUCCUCUGCACUCUAGAGAUCUACCAGAUGUCGGCGGCCUCAAGUCACUGGCUGUGGUAUGUAUGCGGCUCAAAACUGAUCAUCAAGAACGCCAAACUCGACGAGAUUACCGGAAGCAACGACAUGACCACACUCAUUGGCUGGGUCCAUUACUCUGACGUGUUGGCUCGCUUUAGCCUGCGUCACUGGCAACCAGAUCUCUUGGAAGGUACAGGAUCGCCCAUAGGAGCACAUUUCGAACCCUUUCGACCUACAGUAUGCGCAGAGGUCCAGCCCGCACAUCUAGUAGGCCCUCCGCACGAGGUCUUAUACCUCCUGUCCGAAGUGUGCGAUGCCGUUGUUGAACCUUCAGACCCACGUUUCCACACGCAUGACUACCAACAAUAUCUCAAACUCCUAGAAUGGAAACUACGGAAGAUCGAUAUCUCAACCGACGAUAAUAAUACUCUAACUGACGGAUCACGAUCGGAUUCCGACAAAGCAGUCGAACUCUACCAGCUGGCGACCCUGAUUUACCUCAAACGUGCGUCACCAGACAAUCCCAAGGAGAGAUCACGUCUUCCGGAAUGGAUUGAACGAUCUUUUGAAAUACUUUCACAGUUGGAGCAUUGCCAACGGCCUUUCCCUCUUCUGAUACUUGGUUGCGAGGCGCGAACCGAUGAUCAACGGGCCAUGGUUCUUGACCUUAUCUCAAGAACAGAGAGGAGUAUUCACUUUCGGAACCCGGGCUCUAUCAAGAUGAUGAUUCAAAGAAUAUGGGUUCAGAACGAUCUCAUUGAGGAGGAAUUCAACUAUGUGCACAAGCUCGGUGUUGUGCUUAGUUCUGCAAACAGGUCCAUCCCAGCACUUGUCUAA